GUUUAAGUGUGUUUUAUGUUUUAAAAAACUUUAAUAGACGCACUCAAUUUAAAGAAUUUCAUUGAAUUUUCAUUUGCAUGAUGAUUGGAGCUAUUGAAUUCGGAGUUAUGUUUGGACUGUUGUUUUCAGUGUUUCACCUGGGCGGGCGGUAUACGGUUCUUUGGCGACAUUCGCUCUCUACCUCAAGCACGGCACUUAAAUUCAGUGCGACACAUGUGAACCUGGAUAUUUUAAAUCCCUGGAAGUAUGUAAAAUGUGUAAAGAUUCUAGAUGUACCUGCGCGCUUACUACGUCUUGUGAUGAUUGUUUAGAAGGCUACUAUAGGAACGAUGAUCGAUGCUUCCGAUGUCAAUCAAACUGCAAGACAUGUGCGAGCGCAAGCAGUUGCUCAUCAUGCGAAGCAGGUUACCAUGGAUCUAUGUGUCAGCAUACUUGUGGUAGAGGAUGUCUAAAUUCUAAGUGUGAAAUAAACACUGGAACAUGUUUAUGUCGAAAUGGUUUGUUUAGUGGCGUAUAUUGCAAUACUUGUGUCCUAGGCAAAUUUGGAAACGACUGUGACUAUGAGUGUUUGGACCCGUGUAAUUCUUGUUCAAAAGCGACUAACUGUGACUCAUGCAAACCUGGUUUCUUUGGACAAAAAUGUGAAUAUAACUGUUCUGAAAAUUGUUACAAAUGCUCGCAAUCAGGAAAAUGUUUAAGUUGCAUCACAGGACACACUCACCCAAGCCAAGCCUGUGUUUGUAAACAAAGCAAAUGCGCCACAUCUGAAAACUGUGAUAAAUGUGUCAGCGAUGAAUAUUUUCCAGACAAUGGGUCUUGCUGUCCCUGCUCAUUACUACAUAAUUGUAAAUCAUGCGAAGUGUCUUCAAAUGGUACAAAGUGUGUUGCAUGUAAAGAAGGAUACUAUCCGAAUGAAUAUGGUGAUUGUUUUAAUUGUAGCGUUACGUGCGUUGAAGGACAAUGCGAUUCAGUUUCGGGUAAAUGCAAAGAAGGUUGCACUGACGGCUACUUUGGUAAGCUUUGCAAACAGAGAUGCCAAGACUCCUGUCGAAUAUGCAAUCGAUAUAAUGGUGAUUGUUUAGAGUGUGUUUCAAACCUACACUAUGGAUCGAACUGUACCGAAUAUUGCAGUGAGACUUGCGUUGAAAAAGUGUGUGACAUACUUGGAGAAUGUACCAAAGGUUGCCCAGAAAACUACUUUGGGAAAAUGUGCGAAAAUGAGUGUGACAAACAUUGUAUCCAAAGUGGACCUGGCUCAAGGUGUUCAUCUGAAGUUGGAGAGUGCCUCCACGGUUGCACUGCUGGCUACAAAGCUGCUGUUUGUCCUAAAGUUCCACAAGAUUCAUCAAAGAAAAGCUGGAAGUAUUUGUCAUUGGGGGCAAUUAUAGCAGGUGGAAUCGGAGUUCCAGUACUGGCAGUUAUUACCGUUGGCAUAUUCGUCUUUGUAAAGAAACGGUCCAUUGCCAAACCAACGGAAGACUUUAACAUCGAAUAUGUUAAUCAAACUGUUGUAUCUUCACAAAGGACGGACAGAGACAUUGAAAGCAACAUCGAGAAUUCAUACGAAACGCUUGAUGCCAGAACGAAAGCAGAUGCUAAGGAUGACUAUGAGCAAUUACCAGCGGGACAACAAUUAACAAGUAACUCUGCAGAAUACGAGAAUGUUGAGAAUGAUCUUGUACAUUAUCAGAACAUUUAAACUUCGAAAACUGACAAGCGAACAAAAGAGAUUCUAAGAAAUUCAUCUUGUCCGAAGGGACAUAAAUGCCUUCAAAACUGCGUAGGGAAUGGGUGCCUUACUUUCCUCGCUCAGUGUAGUUAACUUAUUUUAAACGGCGUGAAUAGAUUAGUCAGAGGAUACACCUGUGAAUCUUAUGAGAGAUUUUAACCUGCCCGAUAUACUAGAUCUACGAUUUACAAUAUUUUUAACCAGUGGACAUUAAUAUGCCUCAGGACUUGUCACUAAGUUAAGAAUUUAUCUUGACCUGCCCUUUAAUAAAUCGUUGAUAUAAAAGGCAGGACAUUUCAAGACAUCGGCGUCACACAAAAUGUUUAAAAUUGAACAAUAUGUUUAAAAUUAUGUAGACUUGAUUUUUAAUAACUCCUGGAUAUAAAAUGCAAUUGUAAAGAUAACCAUGUCACUAAAUUACGUUGUAUUGUUUAAUUUUCUUUAGAAGUGGACACUAUGUGUAAAAUUAUGUUGAUUUACUUAUAAUCCAUUAAUAUGAAAUGCACUGUAGCUCAAAUUGUGUUUUUCUCUUGAACGCUAUGUUGAAACGUACGUACAUUUGGUAUUCAGUAAUGACUUUAUACAAUAGACGGUAAAUCUAAGAUUCGGUGUUACACAUUCAUGUUAUAUUGUGUCUUUCUCUUAAAAUGUCUACUCCAUGUUUAGAAUUAUGUAAAUUUGAUGUUAAAUAGUGCAUUGAUAUUAUAACUCGUUGAUAUAAAUACAGUAUCUACUUCACUGCUAUAAAUGCAGUUUACUGUAUAGGCGUCAUAAAAUUAUACUGCUUUGUUUGAUUCCCUAUAAAGUUGAACAUUUUGUUAAGAUGUAUGUAGAAUUGCUAUUUAAUAAUACAUUGAUAUAAAAUGCAGGUUAUUUACAAUAACGGGGUCACAAAAAAGCUGCAUUACUUAACUAUCUAUAAAAGGCACAAUAUGUUAAGAAUCACAUAGCCUUAAAAUUUUAAAGAUCAUUGAUUUAAAUUGCAGUGUAUUGAAGAUCUUGUUAUCCCGUAUUACGCUAUGUUAAUCUUUACGCUCAAUUGCUAUGUAACAAUUAGUCGAUACCAAAUGCGGUAUAUUUGAGGUAUUGGCGUCACAAAUUCGUGUAUUAAUGUUUCAUUAUCUUGAUAUAAUUCAGUAUUUAAGGUAUUUGCAGCACAAAUUCAUGUAUUAAUAUUCCAUUCUCUUGAUAUAAUACAGUAUUUAUGGUAUUGGUGUCACACAGCAAUGUUAUAUUUUUCAUUCUUGUGAUAUAAAAUGCAUUACAUUUACGACAUUGGCGUCAAACAGUUAUGUAUUGGCGUCACACUUUCAUGUUGUUAUGUUUCAUUUUCUUGACAUAAAAUGCAGUAUACUAAAGGUAUCGGCAUCUCAAAUUCAUGUUGUAUUGUUACAUUAUCCUUAGAUUGCGUUAUCUCUGCGAUUGUAUUGCUAUUUACUCACAUACAUACACGCAUACAUGUACAUGUGUAUAAGGAUAUGUGAUAUGGUACAAAUGAAUGCCUAUUUAUGAUAUUUUAUAUAGUAUUAAACAAUUAAAUUAAUAAUCUAUUUGUUAGAAAUUCAAUGAUUAUAUUUUAAACAGAAAAAAAUACUUCACUUAGCUACGACACAUAGUAAUACAAUAAGAAACAUGGCUCUAACCUGGAUCAAGUGACCAAUUAUUUCAUAUUUAUUGUUAUCAACGUAUUUACACAUAAAAGCAUAAUGCCAUUUAUAUUUUCAGGGAGAAAUACCUAGUGUGUCUAUCUACAAAAAAAUGGAACCCAGUUUAGACUUCCAAUUGUUUUAUAUUGGAUAAGUUGUCAAUAAAAUUGGGUUUCACUUCAGAUCUAUGUACGUCUUUUAGUUACUAGGUUAAAUAUUGAUAACUUCAGAGAGGUUUAUCAUAAUGUACCUAGUGACAACACAAGGGUGUUCUCUAACAUAUUCGAUUAACUUAAAGUUAUAAAAUGUGAGCAUUCUUGAACAUUAAUCUUGAAUCUGCCGCAGUUGUAUCUAAUGUCACUGAUUAAGAUUGCACUCAUUCAAGUGAAAACGCCGAUGGAAUACGCGAAUUUAGGUUACAACUUACUGCUUACAAAAAAAUACAUUUUUUAUAGUCUAAGAAGACUACAUCAUUUAAUUUAUAUCAAUAUUAUAUUGACAUACCAACUUUAUUUCCCCCAACUUUAUUUCCAACCAGCAGCUGUUAUACUCUGUGGACAUCUUCAACUGCUGUUUUCUGCAACUUCUGAUAUCUCCAAUGUCUGUAAUCUCCAAUUGGUGUCUAUUAUAUAUAGAAAAUGACUGUACAUUCUACAAUAGAGAUAUUUCCCCAAUUGGAGAGUCAUUUUUACAAAAUCAAAAUAUUAGAUUUUUUUAGAAUUUAAUAAUGUUAAAUAAUCCAGUAUUGAAAACAUAAAUAUACCUUUUAUUUUAUUUUCUAAAGGCAAAUAUUUGAUUAUUGUUUAAUAUUGAAUUCUCCCCCAUUUUUUCAUUUUUUUCUUUCUGGCUCGUGAAUAUUCUGUUUUGUUUAGCUAUUGAGAUGAACUGAUAAAUACACACGGAGUUAUAUUUUUAUCCAGAAUUUGGUAGACUUCGGUAUAUGACCUUCUUCUGGUGAAUAAAUCGGAUUAUAUUUUCGAUCCAGAAUAAACACGGAUCGAAUGUGUGAUGUAGGGUCAUAUUCCAAUAAAUAGUUUAUGUCGAACUCUAUGGGGUUGAUUUAUUCCCUUGUUUUUGUUCUCACUGAAUUGAGUAAGGCCAUUCUGAAAUAAACAGUUAACACCGAACUGUUUAAGGUUUGGCCAUUCUAAAAUCAAUAUAUUAUACCGAACUUUAUUGGGUAGGGUCAUUCUCCAACCAUCAAGGCAUUUCCUUAUUCAGCGCUCUCAUUCCUCUGAUUACCAUCAGCAUAGGACAAAGUCAAAUCCUGAAAGUGAAGCUCACAAACUACUGUUCAGUACAGAAUUUGUCAGUACAAGAAACACAAAAGAAGAUCAAGUAAAUAGCGGUGAUCAAUUUCCCCGUGAUUUUAUGGGCUGAUAACCCUAUCCUCAAAAUGAUUAGCCUGUUCAGAUAAACAUUUAUGCAAUUGUAUUUACUUAUCAAACACUUGAAACACCAUCCUAGUUAUACUGAACAGUAGGAGAGACACAAGAUAUGAUGCGGUAUGAUCAACUGGGAGUACAGUUAAUAGUCCAGUAGGAUGGCCUUCCAAGCGUUGAUUAAUUGUAUGGUUUAAUUUCCUGAUGAUUUCAUGAACUGAUAGGCCCUAUUCUCUCACGAAACAUAUAAUGGGCAAUUUCCUUACACUCAUCACUUCAAAAGAUAACAAUUUGUUUAUAUAUUUAUAGCAAUAACUUGAUUAAUCCCAUUGUAA